GUCGCAUACAGUCUUCGAGAACCCUUCUCACUGAUUCAGGAAUCCAGCAAUAUAAUAUUGUCUCUGUCGACCCCAAUGGAGAUCAUGACAUGGACACAUGUGGAUCGUUCGUCAGUAAUGUUUAUUUUUAUCGGAGCUAUGCUGUUCAUUGCACCUCCAAGCUGCACAGCAGACCUUGUUAGUACUGUGGUGGCAACAGUCCUACCGUCCCCGCCCCCACCACCAACAAUUCUUCAAUCACCACCACCACCUCCCAAUCCAGUAUCACCACCACCCCCGAAAUUUGCUUCACCACCACCUCCCACAGCAGUCUCACCACCACCUCCCAAAGCAGCGUCACCACCACCACCCACAGCAAUCUCACCACCUCCUCCAGCUCCUCCAGGUCUGGACCCGGCAUACUACUCUGUCAGCUGUCCGUCCGCAACUGCCUGGGUGCAAAAUAUGACGGCCAGUAUAGUUGCCAGUGACAGGACCAUGGCAGCUGCCCUGCUAAGGUUGCACUUUCAUGACUGCUUUGUUCGGGGAUGCGAUGCAUCUGUUCUCCUGGACUCCACCCCUGGCAACACUGCCGAGAAGGACUCGCUGGCCAAUGCCAAUUCCCUCAGAGGCUUUACUCAAGUCGAUCAGGUGAAAGCCAAGCUGGAGGAAGUCUGUCCUGGUAUCGUCUCGUGUGCUGACAUCCUUGCUCUUACAGCUCGCGACGCCAUUGUGAAGAUCGGCGGGCAAUCAUGGGUGGUUUAUCUCGGAAGGAAAGACGGCGUUGUUUCAGUUGCAUCUGAAUCAAUGUCCAGCUUGCCUUCUCCUUUCGCCACCUACACGCAACUCGUCCAGGGCUUCGCCGCAGUCGGUCUGAGCGAGAAGGAUAUGGUGGUGCUUUCAGGUGGGCACACCAUAGGCACAACCAAGUGCGGAGCAUUCUCCCAGCGCCUUUACGGCUUCUCGGGCCCUGGAGCAAUCAACGGGACGGAUCCGACUCUGGAUCCAGAGUACGCCAAGGUGUUGAAGCAGCAGUGCCCACAAAAUGCUCCCCUGAACACGGUGUUCCUGGACCCGUCAGGCAGCUUCCCCGGACAGACCUACGACAAGGGAUACUUCGAGGCCGUGAAGGCGAACAAGGGCGUGCUGGCCUCUGAUGCAGCUCUUCUGACCAGCUCCUUCGGUGCGAGCCUGGUGGCUGUGGAAGCAAGCGCCACCUCUCCAUUCAUGACAGACUUCGGAGUCUCCAUGCAGAAAAUGGGCAUGGCCGCUGCUCCAAAGGGAGCUGCGUUGCAAGUCCGUAAGAACUGCCAUUUCGUGAAUUAGACAGGUGACUCAUGAAAAGGCUCGCCACACAACUUUAACUUACAUCAGAGAUUUGAAUCCACUAAGAAAUGGACAAUUCAAGGUAGUCCAUCUUAAACAAAUUACUACUUUCUGAGCGGAGCUAACAUUCUUCACCCAUGCACUUGUUUGCAAGGUGAAUAUGCAGGUCUAGUCGACAUGUCCGACUAUCUAGAUUCUUCUAGGGUAGCCUAGAAGGCUACCCCAGAAGAAGAUGAAUAAUUGAAUAGAGAUCUGACUGCAGGAAGCGCAUUCUUCCCAGUUCAAUAGCUCAGAAGUAGCAUUUUGAAGUGAUUAGUCACGACGAUGAUGAACCCAGUGCUUUGGUUCGAAGAUAAACAUCAGGCAACAGGAAUGGUCAGAUCCGAAGAACACACUUUAGCGAGAAAUCUCUUAAGUUUUGACAUGCCAGCUAGUGGUAUAGAGACGAGAUUGGUCUACGACGAAAUAUACUCCUUGAGACCCCACGGUUUAAUAAAGCUGGCAAAUUUUGCCCGACGCAGGAGUUUUUUAACUUUGUCAUUUUUAAACCCCGAUAUUGUCGCAAACUUGGAUGGCGCUACAUUGUUCGAAAAAUCCUUGUAAUCGAUAACU